AUGAGACCACCGGUUGGGUACAUCCCACGCCUGUACGCGCCUCUCGUAACCCUGACCCGCCAAUCAUUCCGACCGUCGCCCGCCCUGACCGCCGUCCGCGCCGCCACCGCGACGACGAGGUCGAACAGCAGGACGAGCACAUCAUCGGGAACCCAGUCGAGGACGAUGGGGGCACCGGCGCCAGCAGCAGCAUCAGAAGCCGCCAACGGCUCGGCGGCGGCGGCGAGUGCUGCAGGAGGAAGAGCAGAGACCCAGAAUCAACCGUUGGAGGAUGGUAGCCACCACGAGCACCACCCCACGGAAAGCACGUCACCCGCCCCUGAAAACACGACAUUCAACGCCCCCGCGGCGGACGACAGCAACACCGAUUCUAGCCAGCGCCAGCCUCACGCUCAGCGUCCGACCGAGCCUGCUCAGCAGAAGCAGCCCCCUGCUUUGCCGCCGCUUCCCGAGCCCUCGUUGUCUGGCGGUAACUCCGCGGGAGGUGGCGGCAGCGGCAGCAUCACCCUCGACAUGAGCGGCGGCGACGGCGCCUCGACCAAGCUCGACCACUUGGGGCCCCUGGUAGUCAACCAGGACGGCACCAUGUCGCGGAUCGGCAACUGGGGCGAGAUGACGGAGAUUGAGCGUCGCAACACGCUGAGGAUCCUCGGCAAGAGGAAUCAAAUCCGUCUCGCGGCCCUCAAGGGAGAGCAAGGCAAUGGCGCUGGAAACGGGGCCAGCCGAGGCUGA